CGAAGAACAUCAAGCUCUUAAAUGAAGGAUACAAGUGCCCUUCACCUAAGCAUUAUUCAAACCAUAUGAGCAUGUGUUGCACAAGGGAUCCAAAGUACAAAAACAAGAAGCUGAAGACGAAGUUCUUGCCCCGACAGAAGGGGGACCUCAGCUUUACGUACGACGUUCUGUCGGCGUACGAGAACAAGUACCUGGCCCAAGUCACAAUUGAGAAUAACAACCCAUUGGGCCGCCUGGACCACUGGAACUUGACUUGGGAGUGGAUGCGGAACGAGUUUAUUAACACCAUGCGAGGCGCCUUCCCCCACGUCAAGGACCCAUCCGAGUGCAUCUACGGCCCACAGGGCCAGUACUACAUGGACAUGGACUUCAGCACCGUACUCAACUGCCAGCCCAGGCCCGUCAUCUCCGACCUGCCCCCUUCCUUCGCCCAAGACGAAAAGCUCGGGAAGCUGCCCGAUUGCUGCCGGAACGGAACCUUGCUGCCCAAGACCAUGAACCGGACCAAGUCCAAAUCGGUCUUCCAGCUUGAGGUCUUCAAGAUGCCGCCCGAUUUGAACCGGACCGCCCUUAACCCGCCCCAGAACUGGAACAUCGUGGGCCAGCUCAACCCCACUUACAAGUGCGGGGCCCCCAUCAGAGUCGACCCGAGUGAGUUCCCCGACCCGAUGGGGACCGCCAUGACCACUACAGCCGUCGCGACCUGGCAGGUCACGUGUAACAUCACGCGACCCAAGGCAAAGCACGCCAAGUGCUGCGUCUCAUUCUCAGCCUACUACACGGACUCCGUGGUGCCGUGCAACACUUGCGCGUGCGGGUGCUCGGAGGAGAAGACGAGGCGGUGCAAUCCUGAUGCACCGCCUCUGCCGCUCCCCGCGGAGGCUCUGCUCGUGCCCUUCGCGAACCGCACUCAGAAGGCGUUGGCCUGGGCCGAAAUCAAGCACCACAAGGUUCCCAUGAAGCUCCCGUGCCCGGAUAACUGCGGGGUCAGCAUCAACUGGCACGUGGACUCGGAUUACCGGACGGGGUGGACCGCCCGGAUGACGCUGUUCAACUGGGGGGACGAGCCGUUCGCCGACUGGUUCACGGCCGUGCAGCUGAGAAAGACCGGGCGGGGGUUCGAAAAUGUGUACUCCUUCAACGGGACGAGGUACCCUAGCCUGAACAACACCAUCUUCAUGCAGGGGCUGCCGGGGCUGAACUACCUGGUGGGAGAAGUGAACGGAACUCACCCGGCGACGGACCCGAGGGUGCCCGGAAAACAACAGACGGUGAUCUCGUUCUUGAAGAAGGGCCUCAAAAACAUCAACAUUAAGAAAGGAGACGGGUUCCCCAGCAAGGUCAUCUUCAACGGUGAAGAGUGUGCCCUGCCCACCCACAUUCCCAAGAGAUCCAGUGCGGCGGCCCGGCCCCGCAUCUUCACACCCCUUUUUCUCGCUUUCUUGACUUCAAUAUUUGUUGCUCUUGUUUGCUGACUGGUUACACUCAUGAUGAAAUAUAUGAUAAUUAAU